GAAGCCCGUCGCUGUCCGGACAGCGAUGCGCCGCUCCUACAACAACAACAGCUCGUUCAGCGGCGGUUUGCGGCGGUCAGAGCCGCAGAGAGGAGCGCGUGGAUGCAUGUGAGGGUUCCUCCUCUGUGGGCUGAGCCGCUGAAUGUCCGUGUGGGGUCUGUGGAAAUGACACGGAGAUGACUCAGCAGUGGCUUGGACAUCGAUGAUUUAAUAGAAGAUGAGGCGUGCUCUGUUUGUCAGACUCGUCAUUGCUUGUUACCAUAGUUACGUAGACCAAACUGACAUGGAUAAGAAGCUUUAGGAAAUCAUGCUUCUCGCAAAUCGAUCUCAGUAAAAUAGCUGUCUAAAUUAUAUUUCAUUUAUUUUCUUUGACUAGUCUUCUGUCAGAAACAUGUCGCUGGCUGAGCAGUCUCAGAAGUGGUUUCCAACCCAUGUCCAAGCCACUGUUCUCCAAGCAAGCGGUUUACAGGCCAAAGGCAAAAACGGCACCAACGAUGCCUACACUAUCAUCCAGCUGGGGAAGGAGAAGUACUCCACGUCGGUGGCAGAGAAGGCGGCUAACCCCGUCUGGAGAGAGGAAGCCUCCUUCGAGUUACCUGGGCUGCUGUUGGAGGGGAACCCUGAAGUCUACCUGCUGUCUCUCACAGUGAUGCAUCGCUCCUUGGUGGGGAUGGACAAAUUCCUGGGCCAGAAAACUAUUAACCUCAAUCAAAUAUUUGAUAACAAGCAAAGAAAGAAAACAGACUGGUAUUCCUUGGAGUCCAAGCCAGGGAAGAAGAAGAAGGAGCGAGGUCGAAUCGAAGUCAGUAUUCAGUUCAUGAGGAACAACAUGACGGCCAGCAUGUUCGACCUCUCCAUGAAGGAGAAGCCCCGCUCGCCUUUUUCAAAGCUUAAAAACAAAGUCAAAGGUCGCAAAAACGACAGCGGCUACAGUGACACGUCUUCGGCCAUCUUGCCUCGAUCUGCCGUCUGCGACUCGGAGUCCGGCAACCAGUCGUUAGCCUCGGAGCCAGAGGCCAAAACAGAAACGAAGGCGAAGCGGCCGCUGCUGUCUGGCGCCCAGAAGCUCUCUGCGGCCCAUUCCAUGUCUGACCUCAUCGGGUCCCACUUUAGACCCAAACUGGACUCCAUGAACUCCAUAGAGGAGAGAGGAAGUACAGGUGGCCCUCACAGGCGUUCCCAGAGCGAGGUGCCAGGAUACCAGGACGGAGAAGCACACAGUGACCCUUUCACUGAUAUCAGUGACGCCCUGCCACAGAAGUAUGCCACGCUCCCACGCAACCGCAACCCAUUUGAGGGUGAGCGGGGGCAACAGCCGUGGGACCGGGCGGAGCGGAGGGAGAAAAAGGAGAAGGUCAGCCUACUGGAACGUGUGACGGGAAAGAAGGAAGGCCGCAAGGCCAGCAACGGGGGGCGUUCGGGGAGUUCUGGAGACCUGCGCUCUCCCAACCCCUUCAGCGCCGACUCUCAAGCAGACACGAACCCGUUCAGCUUCAACUACAAAACCAGUGACAAAAAGCAGAGCGGACAUGAGGACAGCAUCUUCAGCCAGAAGAAGAGGAAGGACUUUUUUGGCAAGAGAAAUGAGGCUCCCCAGGAGAGCGCCGCUAACUACAGCAACCUGACCUUUGAGGAAGUAGUCCAGGAACUCAUCAAGCAGAAAGAAGUGGUGAAGAAGAAAGACGCCCACAUCCGGGAGCUGGAAGACUACAUCGAUAACCUGCUGGUACGCGUCAUGGAGGAGACGCCGAGCAUUUUACGGACACCCUACGAGCCAAAAAAGAAGGCUGGUAAACUCUCUAAAAAGUAGGGUCCAAAAAAAA